AUGCCAUAUCCAGCCCGAGCUAAGAGAGAAAAACAGGAAGAAGAGUACCAGAAGUUUCUUGACCACAUUAUGGCUCUUCAAAUCAACAUACCCUUCAUUGAAGUUGUCGCACAAUUGCCGAAAUAUGUGAAAUUCCUUAAGGAACUUCUUACAAAUAGAAGGAAGAUGGAGGAAGUGAAAAAGGUGGUACUUAAUGAGAAUUGUUCAACUGCCAUGCUCAACAAACUACCAAAGAAGAAGGGUGACCCGGGAAGCUUGACUUUGCCUUGCCAAUUUGGCAACUUAGCUACCACUCAUGCUUUGGCUGAUUCAGGAGCAAGUAUGAAUUUAAUGCCUUAUUCAUUCUUCAAAAAGCUGGAUCUCCCGGAACCAAGACCAAUUCGUAUGGCGAUUCACUUAGCAAACAAGACAGUCACUUUUCCAAGAGGAAUAUGUGAAGACUUAUUGGUCAAGGUAGACAAAUUUGUAUUUCCCACAGAUUUCAUAAUUCUAGACAUGGAGGCGGAUCCUCAAGUCCCAAUCAUCCUUGGAAGACCCUUCCUCAACAUGACAAGUGCUAUAGUGCACAUGAGAGAUUCGAAGCUCACUUUGCGGGUAGGAGAUGAUUCGGCUACUUUUGGGGUGGAUCAAGCUAUGAAGCAUGCAAGGAAUAGUGAUGACAUGGCAUUCUCAAUUGACAUGCUGGAUGAAUUGAUGGAAGAAGGUGAAGAUGAAGAUUCCAGCAAGACCACCAUUUUUGAUGAAGAAUUUGAUGCUGAAAAAGACUUAAUGGAGAUCGAGAGGUUGUUGGAAGAAGCUGAGUAUGAAGAAAUAUUGAAGCAAUCUGAAAUAUCUACUCGGCGACUUGAAUCGUUACCAGAUCAUUUGGAGUAUGCUUUCCUCGAAGAUGGUAAUCAAAACCCAGUGAUAAUAGCAUUUGACCUCUCUGAAUCUGAAAAGGAAGAGGUAGUGCAAGUUUUGAAGAAGCGGAAGCGGGCCAUAACAUGGAGCGUAACUGACAUCAAGGGGAUAAGCCUCUCUUAUUGUGCUCACAAGAUUAACCUGGAAGAAGGAGCAAAGUAG